AUGGCUGCUACAUCCUAUACAACAUUACCAUCCAACACAUAUGCUGGUCUUGGAUCGCAAGGAGAUCUUUUUCACGCAGCUAACUAUGGUACAUAUGAUUCAGGUGUUGGAUCAUUAAUAUCACAUUCUAAUCAAUUUUCAACAAAUAAUUAUGGUACUCAUCUUAUAGAUAGUCAACGAAGACAACCUCAUUCAAAUGAUUAUCUUCAAUCUACUUAUUCAAAUGAUGAUUAUUCAACUCAACAACCUCAAUAUUAUCCUACAGAUAUAUAUGCUCAACAACCAACAUAUAAUCAAGAUACUCCAUUGAAUGAUUAUCCAAAUUCUAAAAUACAAACAUAUAAUGAUCGAUCAACAAUACCUAAUAAUAUUGAUGAAAAUUAUGCUGCUGUUACUAGUAAUAAUAAUACACCACCAACACAUAAAACAACUAUGGAUGAUCAUCAGGUUGAACUUAAUAAUCGACAUCAGCCAUCGCACCCAAGCACAACACAAUAUCCACCUCCAGCAUCUUCCGACAAUCAACAUCAUCCAUCUCAUACAUCAGCACAAUCAAAUUUUGUUCGAUCUGAUCCUCAAAUAUCUUAUAAUCCAUCUAAACAAGUUCUGCCAACUAGUCAUCGUUCGCCACCAAACGGUGGCAAUGGUAAUCCAUCUGAACCGAUUACAAAAACUAAUAAUCCUAUAAAAGAAAUGAAAACAACAAAAUCAAGUCAAAUGCGAGCCGCAGCUAUCAAACAAAAAGAAGAUAGUCGUGAACAAAAACAAAGAGCUAGUAACAUUGCUAUAUCUAAAAAGAAAGCAACUCCACCAAAAUCAACAAAAAGUCAACAACAUCCUCCAAGUGAUGUUGAAAAAAAUGAUAUAAAAAAACCAAAACGAAAUAAAAAACAAUCUCAUUCUGUUCCAAAACAAAGUACAAACCGUCGUGAUGGUUAUCAAACUGAUGAUAAUAAUAGUUCCGGUGAUGAGGAUAAUACUGCUCGUCGUACUCGAAAUAAAUCUAAAAAACAUACAGCAUCAUCUGAUUCUCAGCAAGGAAAACAUCCACCAUUGCCACCGAUUCGACAUGGACGAGGACCAGCACUUUAUGAUCCUGGUUUUGAUCAUCCAUUUUCAAAGGGAUAUCCACUUCGACCACGAUAUCCAUAUUAUGAUGAUUAUCCACCUUAUGGACCUUAUCCAUAUCCUGGUCGAUAUGAUUAUCGUUAUCGUCAUUUAUAUGAAGAUGGCUAUGAUACUCCACCCUAUCUUCCAGCAUCUCAUAAUCCUUAUGAUGGAUUUUUUGAUUAUGAAAAACGUAAACCUAAAUCAAAAUCUAAAACACAUAAAGAUAAAAAAGAAAUUAAUAUUGAUCAUGAUGAUCGUGGAGGUAUAACUGAUUAUGAAACUGAACAUGAAGAUGAUACAAAAAGUCAAAAAUCAAAAAAAAUAAAAAAUAAAAAAACAAAACCUAAAGGUGAUGAUAAUGCAAAUGAAAAACCUAAACAACAACAACAACAACAACAACGUUCAUCUCCUAGUUAUCCUGAACCACCAUCUCAGAAUGAACAUGAUAUGUUAGAACUUUGGCGUCAAGAAAGAAAUGAUUAUUUAAAAAACAAAUAUAAACCAACUGUUCAUGAUGUUCUCUAUUCACAACAAUUUAUGAAAACAGAUAGUUAUUUAGAAAAUCAACGACGUCGUGCAUUACGUGAUGUUCAAGGUUAUUACUUUCCCUAUAAAAAAUAUACACUCAAAGAUUAUAAAGAUUUACAAAAACAAGAUUCACAAAAUAAUCCAUAUGCAUCUAUUAAUGAUCCUCUUCCUGAUCGAGUAUAA